AUGGCAAACUUCACUCCAGUCAACAGCAGCUAUGGCAACCAGUCUGACCAGUCCGUGCAGGCGAUGCCCGCGGCUCCCAACCGAUAUGAGACGGUGGAGAUGGUGUUCAUUGCCACCGUGACUGGCUCCCUGAGCCUGGUGACCGUUGUAGGCAACAUCCUUGUCAUGCUCUCCAUCAAGGUCAACCGGCAGCUGCAGACGGUCAACAACUACUUCCUGUUCAGCCUGGCCUGUGCCGACCUCAUCAUUGGGGCCUUCUCCAUGAAUCUCUACACUGUGUAUAUCAUCAAGGGCUACUGGCCUCUUGGGGCUGUGGUCUGUGACUUGUGGCUGGCGCUGGACUACGUGGUCAGUAACGCCUCGGUGAUGAACCUACUCAUCAUCAGCUUUGACCGCUACUUCUGCGUGACCAAGCCCCUCACCUACCCAGCCCGGCGCACUACCAAGAUGGCGGGCCUCAUGAUUGCUGCCGCCUGGGUGCUCUCCUUUGUACUCUGGGCUCCGGCCAUCCUCUUCUGGCAGUUUGUGGUAGGGGAACGGACGGUGCCGGACAACCAGUGCUUCAUCCAGUUCCUGUCCAACCCGGCGGUCACCUUUGGCACAGCCAUUGCAGCUUUCUACCUGCCUGUGGUCAUCAUGACCGUGCUUUACAUCCACAUCUCCCUGGCUAGUCGAAGCCGGGUCCACAAGCACCGUCCCGAGGGGCCCAAGGAGAAGAAGGCCAAGAGCCUCUCGUUCCUCAGGAGCCCCCUUAUGAAGCAGAGUGGCAAGAACCCAAGCCGGAAGCCGGGAGAGCCUGGGAAGGAGGAGAUCCGCAAUGGAAGGCUAGAGGAAGCACCUCCACCAGUCCUGCUCCCGCCACGGCUGCCCGAGGAGAAAGACACGUCCAAUGACUCCAGCUCGGCCAGCGUCACCCAGAACACCCGGGAGAGGCCCCUGACCGAGGGGUCGACGGCUGAGACUGGCUGCAGCCCGUCCACUCCACUGCCCCCACGCCCACGAGCGCUCAAUCCAGCCUCCAAGUGGUCCAAGAUACAGAUUGUAACGAAGCAGACGGGCAAUGAGUGCGUGACAGCCAUCGAGAUAGUCCCCGCCACGCCGGCAAGCUUGCGCCCGGCCGCCAACGUGGCCCGCAAGUUUGCCAGCAUUGCCCGAAAUCAGGUGAGGAAGAAGCGGCAGAUGGCAGCCCGGGAAAGGAAGGUGACGCGGACCAUCUUCGCCAUCUUGCUGGCCUUCAUUGUUACCUGGACGCCCUACAAUGUCAUGGUGCUAGUCAACACCUUCUGCCAGAGCUGUGUCCCUGACACCGUGUGGUCCAUUGGCUACUGGCUCUGUUACGUCAACAGCACCAUUAAUCCUGCUUGCUAUGCCCUCUGCAAUGCCACCUUCAAGAAGACCUUCAAGCACUUACUUCUGUGCCAGUACAGAAACAUUGGUACUGCCAGGUAAGUGGGCACAGCUCCGUGGAUGGGGACUUCCUACCGCUCUGGGUUCUGAGUGGUUCCAGGGUGACUCCCUUUGACCCACUGCCUGUCCCACUCAAGAGGAGAGAAAAGACUCGGACAGGUGGCACCCUUUUCCCUACGGCCUACAGGACGGCUCAGGAAAGGUACUGGAGUGUCCCCAGUGUGUGUCCGGAGUCACCAGAGUGGAAGGUCUGGGAGGCUUGGUCCUCACAUUUUCCCUGUUACCUGACCUCCAGGGGCAGGGAGUGGGGGAUGGGCCCCUCAGCUCCAGGGGCAACUGGGCUGAGCUGCUGGUGGGACCAAAGUGGACUUUGGCUCCAGAGAGGUUGUGUGGAUUCUUCUCAGGACUUCAAGAAAGGCCAGGACCCAACAGACCUCUGGCCAGAA